AUGACUUACGUCUACAAUGCCCAGUUGGACGCAUUCGAGCUCUACCAUGUAAUCCGCGAAGAAGAACGCAAGAGAACUCCUCCCAUCGGACCAGCCCUCCCAGCUCUCGGCCAUGCAACCUCCGGGGCACUAGGAACCGCCGUAUCCAAGCUUCUAACCUACCCGCUCGACCUCCUCAUCACCCGACUGCAAGUCCAGAGACAAUUCAAAGGCGAAGACCCAGCAGACCAGUAUGACGGCAUCCUCGACGCCAUCGAGACGAUCUACACGCACGAAGGCGGCAUCACGGCCUUCUACAGCGGCGUGCUGCAGGAAACCCUCAAAGGCGUCGCCGAUAGCUUCCUCUUCUUCCUCGCCUACACCUACGCCCGCCAGCGCCGUCUGACCGCCCAAGGCACAAAGCGACUCUCUGCCUGGGACGAAAUCAGCGUGGGCGUUCUCGCCGGCGCCUUCGCCAAACUCUGGACCACGCCCCUGCAGAACAUCGUCACGAGGAAGCAGGCAGCCGCCAUGAUAGCGGCGCGAGACCGAGGCAGCAAGAGGAAGAUUGCUCCGAGCUACAGCACAAGGGAUAUCGCGGCGCAGAUUCGGGAGGAGAAGGGUCUGCAAGGGUUCUGGUCCGGGUAUUCGGCGAGUUUGUUCCUGACGCUGAAUCCGUCCAUUACCUUUUUGCUGCACAGAGUGUUGCUGCGCCUUGCGGUGCCAAAGUCAAAGCAGGCGGAUCCAGGGGCCAGACUCACCUUUUUGCUGGCGGCGAUUAGUAAAGCUACGGCGUCGGCGGUGACGUAUCCCUUUUCUCUUGCAAAGACGAGGGCGCAGGUGUCGAGUCGGGAAUCAUCGUCGCAGCACGAGGGCGUAACGAGGGAGCACGAGAAGGAGGGGAAACGGCAUCACGUUGCCGAGAAGAAGGUGCUGCGUGCUAGACAGCGCACUGUCAUCAGCACGAUUCUGCAUAUUGCGAGGACGGAGGGGAUUCUGGCGCUGUAUGAGGGCCUGGGCGCAGAACUCCUGAAGUCGUUCUUCUCGCAUGGCAUCACCAUGUUGGCGAAGGAUCGAAUCCACGCUCUCGUCAUCAAUCUGUACUAUCUCGUUCUCAAGUCGUUGAAGAAGUACCCCAGUCCCGAGGAGUUGACAAAGAUGGCAGCGGAGCAGGGGAGGAACACAUACGCAAAGGGGGCCGAGGUGGCAGGGAAUGCCGCGUCCAAAGCGCAGGAUAUGUUGGGGAGUGGAAGGGAGCAGGCGAAAGAGGUGUUAAGUAACGGCAAACAGCAGGCGGAGGGGUUGUUGGAGAAGGGGAAGGAUGCGGCGAAUAAUGUGUCGAAGGAAGUGCAGGAUGCGAUGAAGAAUGUAAAACAUUGGGGAGAGGAGCCGUGA